ACCUUACAAAAACCGAACUCAUUACAUUUACAUUGAAACCAAAGUAAGAAAAAGGGAAAAAGUGCAUAUAAAAGGCAAGAAAACUGGAAAAAGACAAAAAACGGAGAGAGCAUCAAUGUGGACCAUACCCCACGGAAACUACCAUACACAGGAGUAGACCCGUCGGCGAUCCAACGGCAACAAUUGGCGGAUCAAGAUCCAGAGGACGCCAUUAAUGAAUAGCCGAUUCUUGAUCGAUGUUAUUUUACGUAAUCAUCGGGGUGCGGGCUUUGACUCGGCCGUGAUCGAGUGAGCGACUGGGGGGAAUUUACGGAUGGGGCAGUGUUAUGGCAAGACUAUUCCGACUACUGACAAUCACGUCGCUCCAACCACUAUUACCACCACAGCGUCUCCGACUUCUGCUACUAGGUACGGUGGUGAUCCGUCGCAUUUCACCUCCGGGAGUGCAGGUGGCAAUGGCGUAGUAAAUGUGAACACUACUACGCCGGUAACACCGGCGAGGACUUCGUAUCCCAGUCCAUGGCCGAGCCCGUAUCCUCACGGAGUUAGUGGUAGUCCUCUGCCUAUCGGUGUUUCGCCGUCGCCGGCUAGGGCUUCGACGCCGGGGAGGUUUUUCAAGAGGAAGUUUGCUCCGCCGUCGCCAGCCAAGCACAUCAAGGCCUCGUUGGCGAAGCGGUUUGGGUAUACGAAGCCCAAGGAGGGCCCAAUUUCGGAGGAGAGGGGGACGGAGCCGGAGCAUUUUCUGGAUAAAAGCUUUGGAUAUGGGAGGAAUUUUGGGGCAAAGUACGAGCUGGGGAAGGAGGUUGGGAAAGGUCAUUUUGGUCACACUUGCUCUGCUAAGGGGAAGAAAGGUGAGCUCAAAGAUAAACCAGUGGCCGUCAAGAUCAUCUCUAAAGCCAAGAUGACAACGGCAAUUUCAAUUGAAGAUGUUCGGAGAGAGGUGAAAAUUUUGAAGUCUUUAUCUGGGCAUAAUAACCUUAUAACAUUUCUUGAUGCAUGUGAGGAUGCCAAUAACGUCUACAUAGUCAUGGAGUUAUGUGAAGGUGGGGAACUUCUGGACAGAAUCUUGUCAAGAGGAGGAAGAUACACAGAAGAAGAUGCCAAAAAUAUAGUCGUUCAGAUUUUAAGUGUAGUUGCAUUUUGUCAUCUUCAAGGCGUUGUGCACCGCGACUUAAAGCCUGAGAAUUUCCUAUUUACUUCUAGACGUGAAGAUGCUGAUAUGAAGCUCAUUGACUUUGGUCUUUCGGACUUUGUUAAACCAGAUGGGAGACUCAACGAUAUUGUUGGAAGUGCUUAUUAUGUUGCUCCUGAAGUGCUUCAUAGAUCUUACUCGUUGGAAGCCGAUAUAUGGAGCAUUGGGGUCAUUACCUAUAUUUUAUUAUGUGGAAGUCGGCCAUUUUGGGCUAGAACGGAAUCAGGAAUUUUCCGUGCAGUGUUAAGAGCAGAUCCUAGUUUUGAUGAUUUACCGUGGUCUACAGUGUCUCCUGAGGCAAAAGACUUUGUUAAAAGGCUCCUCAACAAAGAUUAUAGAAAGAGAAUGACUGCAGUCCAGGCGCUCUCUCACCCAUGGUUGCGGGAUGACAGUCGUCGUUUACCUUUAGAUAUAUUGAUCUAUAAGUUGGUCAAGUUAUACCUUCAUGCUACUCCUUUCAGACGUGCCGCUAUGAAGGCUCUCUCGAAAGCUUUGACAGAAAACGAACUCUUUUAUCUUAGAGCUCAGUUUGCGUUGUUGGAACCGAAUCAAGAUGGGCGAGUUGGGCUUGAUAACUUCAAAGUGGCUCUAAUGCGGAAUGCAACGGAUGCUAUGAGAGAGUCGAGGGUUCAGGAAAUCGUAAAUUUGCUGGAGCCCCUUGCCCUCAGAAGAAUAGACUUUGAGGAGUUCUGUGCUGCUGCUAUCAGUACGCAUCAAUUGGAAGCUCUUGACCGGUGGGAGCAGAUAGCCUGUGUGGCCUUUGAGCAUUUCGAGCGCGAGGGCAACCGGGUGAUAUCGGUUGAAGAAUUAGCAAGGGAAUUAAACCUUGGUUCUUCAGCAUACUCCAUUCUUAAAGAGUGGAUUCGCGGAGAUGGAAAGCUUAGUUUUCUUGGGUAUACAAAGUUUUUACAUGGUGUCACCCUACGUAGCUCAAAUACAAGACACAAUUAGUCUUCU